AUUUGUAGUAGGAGAACGGUCACAAAAUCCUUCAAUACCUUAUGACAUACGGCUCAGACGGCGAACUCCCAGCAGAGGACGGGAUCUGUUUACUAGUUCCAACUUCUCGUGAGUUCAUGUUAAUCCACUAAGGUUAGUGGGGUUAGACUAGACACAAGUUCGUCAUUAGUUCCGUGUUGCCUAGCAGUGGUAGUUGUACGGGUACCUUGCACUCAACCGAACGUCGAUUUCCUUGUAUGUUACACACGUAACAAAUGCCAAACCUUCGUGAUGCUCUCUCUAAAUCUUACUUCUACUCGCUGCCGGGUGGUAUCUACUCGUCCGGCCGUACCUCUAGCACGCCAUCUUUACUCACAAGCUCACACGAAUCAAAAUUCUCGCGUCGCAGUUUUAUACCAAGCUUUGGAGCCGCCAGUCGUGAAUGGCGUGCGAAAGCCCAAGAAGCCAGGCGGCUACCAAGAUUCCGGCGCAGAUAUUGCCUGGACACUGAGAAAUGCUGGAACAAACGUGGUCACUCCCGCGGCCAAACCGGACCCUGGAUCACACGAGGGAUGGUGUUUCCCGGAUACCGAAGAUGGAAUACUUGAAGCUGUCGAUAAGGGCGUAACGCAUUUCUGGGCCAACACUAUCUUGUUCGCUGAUCACCCGCUGCAAACAUCUAUCCGGUUGAACAGAUCUGAGAAGGAUAUUCGAGUAGUUGGCCAGCCGCCACGGUUUGUACAGGUCUAUGACGACAAGAACCUGGUAAACGAAAUCUUACGAGCGUCGAAAAAUCUCAAACUACCCAAAGCAGCCCUAGUUGGAAAUUUGUCUGCACUUCGCGAAGCGGUUGCCCCGAAAGGACCUCUAUCGUUCCCAAUUGUAGGCAAGCCAGUGCGUGGCCGUGGUAGUCAUGGCGUCGCCGUCUGUCAGACGCCAGAAGCCCUCGAAAGACACGCCGGAGAUUUGCUUGAAGAGUCACUAUCGAUCAUACUUGAGGAGUAUUUGUCAGGCCAGGAAGGCACCGUUACAGUCAUGCCACCUUCUAGAGAGCGUCCCGACUAUUGGGCCAUGCCUGUCGUUGUAAGAUACAACCACGUCAACGGUAUAGCGCCAUACAAUGGCAAUGUCGCUGUCACCGCCAAUUCAAGAACUGUGACAGACGAGGAAGCAGCACAAGACUCGACCUUCGAAACUGUUGCAGAGCAGUGCGUACAGGUUGCACGAUUACUUAGAUGCACAGCCCCUAUUCGCAUCGAUAUUCGCAGGUUUAAGGAUGCCUCCGAAUUUGCCUUGUUCGACGUGAAUAUGAAGCCGAAUAUGACGGGUCCAGGAAGACCGGGGCGAGAGGAUCAAGCCAGUCUCACAGCUAUCGCCGCCAAUGGGUUGGGCUGGGACUACGCAAUGCUUUUACGCCACAUCCUCGACUCCGCCAGGACAUUAUAUGAGCUCAGGCGAAUAGAACUUCCCAAUGAUAUCUUCCCAUAGUGCGGUAAACUUUGGGUCCUCCAUUAUAACCGAAGUUAUCAACACGAUAAUAGAGCCAUUUGUAUGGAUCAGGUCGUUUGAAAACCUUGAAGCAUGUAUC